UUCAGCGCAGAUGAAAUAAGAGGAUUUCCUUGUUUUCGUGUUGUCUACAUACAACUUUUCAGCUGAAAGAAGUCACCAUGUUUUCCUUUUUAAUGUUUUCUGCCACCACAUGGACUCUGCUGGCUCUGUUUUUCACUCUUCUGUGCCUGUAUAGCAUUUGGCCAUACAGGUUGUUCAGGAAACUGAGGAUUCCUGGACCAACACCUCUUCCUUUUGUUGGAACAAUGUUCUAUUUGUCAAAGGGACUUUUACCUUUUGACCUUAUGUGCAACGCCAAGUAUGGAGAUGUAUGGGGGCUUUAUGAUGGACGGCAGCCAGUCAUAAUGGUGGCAGACCCCGACAUUAUUAAGAGUGUCAUGGUGAAGGAGUGCUACACUGCGUUUACCAACCGCAGGGAAUCCACAUUUGCAGGUGCAUUUGGUGAUUCAAUUACAGCAGUUAAAGAUGAAAAGUGGAAAAGAAUCCGCAGCUCUUUAUCUCCAUGCUUCACCAGUGGACGACUGAAGCAGGUUUUUCCUAUUGUGGUUCGCUAUGCAGACCGACUGAUUAAGUCACUAGAAAAAAAGGAUUUGGAGGAAUCUAUCGAUGUUAAAGCAUUUGUUGCACCUUUCAGUUUAGAUGUUGUAACCAGUUCAUCCUUCAGCAUUGAAGCAGAUGGCAUAAACAAUCCAGAUGAUCCCAUUGCUGUUAAUGCAAAGAAUGUACUUAACUUCCGUUUCUGGCCAAUAUUUUUAUUGAUGGUAUUUCCCUUUGCUGGACGUCUGUUGGAUUAUCUUGGUGUUUCCCUGAUACCUAAAGAUAGUGUGGAUUUUUUCUACAACAUUAUUAGAAAAUUUAAACAGCAACAGCAUCGUGCACAUGAAUCUAGUCCAUCAGACUUUCUGCAGGUGAUGCUUCAGAAUGAAAUACCCAUGAAAGAGAUAAAACAGGAGGAAGAACAGCCAAGUAAAGGUUUGACUGAGAAUGAGAUCCUUGCCCAGGGUCUUAUUUUUAUCUUUGGGGGCUACGAGACCACCAGUGUCACUCUCUCCUACCUCCUGCACAAUCUGGCAACCAACCCUGAUGUGUUAAAGACCUUGCAUGAAGAAAUUGAUGCCAACAUACCGAAAGAUGCUCCAGUUACAUAUGAGAGUGUGGUCGGGCUUCAGUACCUGGAUCAGGUUCUCUGUGAGUCACAGCGUUUGACACCCACUGCUCCUCGGCUCGAGAGGAAUUGCAAAAAGACGGUGCAGAUCAAUGGCAUCACCAUCCCAGAGGGAACACUGGUUGGGAUACCUGUAGCUCUGUUGCACGUAGACCCGAGAUACUGGAGUGAACCUGAGCAUUUCAGACCUGAGAGGUUCAGUAAAGACAGUGUGGAGGAGGUGAAUCCAUAUGUGUACAUGCCGUUUGGGCUCGGUCCAAGAAACUGCGUCGGGAUGCGCUACGCUCUGCUCGUCAUGAAGAUGGUCGUUGUCCGUCUCCUGCAGAGUUACACUUUAGAAACAUGCAAAGACACUAUGAUACCACUUGUACUUGAUUGGAAGUCCCAGCCAAUAAAGCCCGUCAAACUAAAAUUUGUUCCAAGACAGAAAUAGUUAAGAAGAAGAAUCUCCAAAUAUAUCAGUCCUACAUACUUACUAACUUUAUGGUGAGACGUACAAUUUUCUAUUUGUGAUGAUAAAGAAAAUGCUUAUGAUAGGUACAGUAUACUCUCUAUAACUAACUUGUAUUGAUUUCAUGAAUGUAGGUUUUUAAUAUUUACAGACUCAUAAUCUCAGUAUCAGCUUGCCGUUUCCACUAGUCUCUUCCUUGAUCAAAAAUGCAUAAGUCUGCCAAACUGCAGCAGUCAGCUCUGUCCGGUGUUGUGCCAAGAUAUGUACCCCCACUCAGAAUUGUUUCCCCUGGCCAUGGGAGCAUAAUUGUGACUUUUUUAUCUCAUAAUUUUGACUUUUUAUUUCAUAAUUAUAACUUUUUAUCUCAUAAUUUUGACUUUUUAUCUCAUAAUUAUGUCUUACCAUGGGAAUUUUUUUUUCAGUGGCAGAAACAGGCUAUGUAUGGAAGCCUGUUUCCGCCACUGAAAAAAAAAUCCCCAUGGUGAGUCAUAAAUAUGAGAUAAAAAGUCAAAAUUAUGCUCCUGUGGUCAGCAAUUCUCAGCGGGGAUAGGUACCUUGGCAUAACACUGGAAUUUGUGUGAUGCCCAAGACACACAGACAGAGUCCACUUCCCUUUUUUAAUAUAAAUUUACAUGUGUUUUAUGUUGAGACAACACAUAAAAAUAUAUCAAUUUACUCAUGUAAUUUGACAGAGAAUACUAUUCUUAAUGUAUCUCACUAUGUCCAUGUAAGGUCAAAUUUUAAGACAAGCAAACAAGUUACAAAACUAAAAACAGCUAAUAUCGCCACAAGAUUUGAAUUUGUAACAUUGAUGAAAAUCUCUAAAACUGCCACAAAAUGGAAAUUUGAACAUCUUUAGCAAUAACCAGCAUUUGCAGCCAAAUAUGUAUUAUUUAAAACUGCAUAACACAUUAUAUAUUGACAAUGUAGUAAACUAAUAGUCACAACUUUCCAUUCUAACUUUGAACUUAUUCUCUUAAUCAUUCUUUAAUUUCAUCUUGUCCAGCUUUAACUGUAUUUGGAAUCUGUGUUGUUAUGCCCAGUUAUAUGCUCUUUGUCUCCAUCUAGUGGCCAUCUGAUAUUCACCACUAAUGGAUACUGUUAGAUUUCUCCUUGUAAACCUUUGCCUCAAUAAGAUAAGAUUACACAGUUGAUUGUAUGUGAAUAAACAUGACUUUAUUUACAUUGAA